UAGAAAUAGUAAUAGAGGGGAAGUAAUUGAAUACGUGUAACGAGAAAAAGAAAAAAGAAAAAGAAAGAAAAAGAAAAGAAAAUAUAUUAAUAACAAUUGGAUUCUUUGGAAUCAAGUUGGACUUGAAAUGAUGACCCUCGUAACCGAUACCGUUCCGUACGCUUACGACACCGUUACAAGCAGGUCGAGUUACGACACAUAUCGACAUCAUCACCUGCACCAUCAUCAUCAUCAUCAUCGUCAUAGACACAUCUAUGCGUCCACGGAUAACGAAUAUCUUCCGAGUUACGUUAGCAAAAGAGACACGGAGGAACGGCAGAUGAGGAACGUAAAUGCCGAUAACAGUUUGGCGUCGGUCAGCUCUAAUCACUUUCGUCAUGAAAAUGUCAGGACACAAUCUAGAUACAUCCUAGAUUCGGACGAUGCAUCCUCGGUUGUCUCGGCUGAUGCUUCUGCUGAUUUAGAAUCACCUUCGGCAGAUGGGGAAGAAACGAAUGAGAGUGAAACGGUUGAACAUGUUCCUCAUCCACACGUCCUGGACACCGGUUCACCUCAUGGACCACGGAGGUGCUUGCUUUGGGCUUGCAAAGCUUGUAAAAAGAAAACUGUCACCGUUGAUCGUAGGAAAGCUGCCACGUUGAGAGAAAGAAGACGUUUGAGAAAGGUUAACGAAGCCUUCGAAGUAUUAAAACGAAGAACUAGCAACAAUCCUAAUCAACGUUUACCAAAAGUUGAGAUACUUAGAAAUGCGAUAGAAUAUAUCGAAAGCUUGGAAGCAUUGUUGCAAGGGAACCGAUCUUCUGGCUCGCAGGAUCACGUGUCGAUGGAAAAUAUGAACGGGGAGUCACCGCAAUACGUGACGGACAGACUUCGACAAUUCUCGGAUCCCUUGGCAAGGUUUCAACCAAUUAACGGAUUCGAACAAGUUGAAACUUCGUCGGUUCAAGGUAACGGAAGCAGUUUGGAUUGUUUGAGUAUGAUCGUUCAAAGUAUAAAUGGACCAGCACAAGCUCCUAUGGAAAGUCAUUACUCGUCGCAUCAUUAAGGUUAAGACAGUAUUAAAAAAAGAAAACGGGAUGAGAUUUAUCGAGUUUCGAUAAAAAAAAAAAAAAAGAAGAAGGAUAAGAGAGAAAAAAAGAAAUUGCUAUACUCUCGACGUGUGUGGAAUAAUCGCAGGAACGGCAACAGCAACAGCAAAUGCGUUCUGAAGUAUUCGUAAAAAAUAUAACGUCGAUUAGUUGAAUGUUUAUCGUUCGAAUUGAAAUCCCAAUGAAUUACGAAUGAACAUUUAUCGAGGACUAGAUUAGCUCGAUUGAAGUUUAAAUACGUAUCCAUCCCCGUAUACGUUUCUGAGAGACUCUGGACGUAAAAAAGAAAAAAAAUAUAAAAGAAAUAAAAGA